UAUAUACUUCCGGUCUUUUUAUUUAUAACGGAAUAGUUAAAAAAAAUCACAAAUUUAAAUUAAGUUUUAUAACUUCCCGUUCUAAUCCUCUUUCAAUCAAGCGCCAUGAACAGUCGACAGUUGUGUUUGCAUCUAUUCUUAAUUUUUGGAUUGGCCUUGGUACUGUACACGGAUAGUGCAGCGGCGGGAUCCCAUGCAAAAAAGAAGAAAAUCACCAUCCAUGUGCCCGUCCAUAAGAAGAUCGAAAAACACACGCACACCAUUGUGAAACACAUCCACCAUCAUCACAAACCGAUUGUCCUGAAAGAGGAAAAGAAAAUCAUUGAAGAGCAUCAUCCGAUCAUCAAAAAGGAGCAUGUCUCCCAUGAACAUCAUCACCACCAUGAGGCGAAACACGAUCAUCAGCAUGAUCACAAGCAUGCCGAGUUUGCCGCCAACGAGUACGACGACGAAGAGGAGCAUGUCCACCAUCAUCACAGCUAUGAACAUAAAUCGACGCACAACGAAGAAGUCGAUGAUGAUUUCAUGGAGAGGCAUUAACCCCGGGCGUAUUGUAUAGUAUAUUUAUGUGUGUAUGUAUUUAGAAAAUUGCAAU